AUGGAAGACGCAGUGCUUCCGUCCGCCAAAGACCACCUCGAACAUGUCCCCCGAAUUAUUCUGACCGGCGCUAUCAAGCAAUCGACUAAGAAGAAAUGGGACGCCAUCUUCCUCGAUAAGGAGAGUAGAGUAGCUAACGAUAUGACGGAAACGAAGAAAGACCUAAGUCUGGUCGAAGCUCCACUCUGGCAUCUGCCUGCAUGCUACUGCGACCUGCCUUGUAGAUUCGAGCCUUACUACGAUAUCGUUCGUCGUCGCGAAGGCGUGCAAGACGAGGAUGAGAAAUUCGAUUCGGCACAGUAUGAGUUCAACAACGAGGUUAUGAUGCUAGAUGCGGUUACGAGAAGACGAGUCGCUCGAGUGCGUCCUACGUCACGAAAGCGUUACGACGGGGUGGAAGACUGCUGUGGAACCGGUAGAGGAAGGGAGAGUGGUUCGACAUGGAAACACGGUGCAUAG